UGCACGGCGCCUUAAUCGCGUGCUGAGAGCGAAGAAGCUGAUCGGAGCGGUGACGGGCCGUUCGCACUUUUGAGAGCCACAAUCGUGAGUCAGGCCUAUUUCGGCCAACACAGCAUCGGCGAUGCCCGUUCCCCUCCCCAUCUCCAUACGUGCCACUGCCACUCGAACUACUACCCUCGCCACGCGCACUGAGAAACCCGGGGCGUAGGGUACUGUCACUCAUCCGACCCGCCUGAAGCAUGGUCGACCAUCCCGGACAGGAGCAGGCGAUGCCAGCCUCCACCUCGCAAGCAGCUCUUCCCAUUGCCGGACCCACCUCCCCUCAGUCUGCAGCUUUGGGCAACGCUGCCACUGGCGGCCAAUCGUAUCUGCUGCUGCCCAGCUUUACGCUCGAGUCCGGUGUGGAGCUGCAGAAUGUGCCAGUAGCGUACAAGACGUGGGGCAAGCUGAGCGCGAGUGGGGACAAUGCCAUGGUCGUGUGCCAUGCGCUCACAGGAAGCGCAGAUAUCGAGGAUUGGUGGGGACCUCUGUUGGGUCCCAGCCGGGUGUUCGAUCCCACUCGCUUCCUCGUCGUCUGCUUGAACGUCCUAGGUAGCCCGUAUGGCAGUGCGAGUCCUUGCACGCGAAGAGGUGGGGAGGUCAGAGGAGCGGAUGGAUCAGAACGAGCAGGCAGGCCAGUCGUGCACGCCGAUGCGGAUGGAAAGGAGACGGUGCAUUGGUGGGGUCCAGAGUUUCCUGCCACGAGCGUGCGGGACGACGUCAGGAUCCACAAGCUGGUGCUUGACCAUUUGGGUGUUACACAGAUAGCGGCAGUCGUCGGCGGCUCGAUGGGCGGCAUGGCUGUGCUCGAAUGGCCACUGUGCUUCCCGGUCCGCUUUCCGACGGAAGAAUCGGCCAGCGUACCGCAAGGUGCUGCGGCGAGUACGUCGGCUACAAAAGGAGCUGAUCGCAAUGCCGCGCAGCCCCAACGACCAUACAUUCGAGCCAUUGUGCCCAUCGCCACUGCCGCUCGACAUAGCGCUUGGUGCAUAUCGUGGGCGGAAGCGCAGCGGCAAAGCAUCUACAGCGACCCCGCAUACAAUCACGGCUACUACAUGCCCUCUGCGCCGCCUCGCGCUGGUCUCUCAGCAGCACGGAUGGCCGCACUUUUGACCUACCGCAGCAGGGACUCCUUUGAGAGCAGAUUUGGCAGAAGGACCGGCGGUCCUGCGAAGGGCAAUGGCAAGGUUGCUGCUGCCGAGAUUGCAGCGUUGAGCGUCCACGACGCCGCGGGCCAGCACAACGAGGGCAAUUCGAGUCCUCGCACGCAUGCAGUCGACAGAAACUCGAGCUCUCCCGUCCCAACGCUGUCGUCCAUCGGUGCUCAGAUGGCCGCGGCGAGCGUUUCAGAGGGUCCCAAUGGUACUGUGCCACCUUCCUUGCUGGACCCAGCCGCCGCUCGUAACGCUCUCCGCGCUCCGACGAGCACAGUCAAUGCUCCAAAAGUAUAUAGCGCGCAAUCUUACCUGCGCUACCAGGGCGACAAGUUCGUGAAGCGGUUCGAUGCCAACUGCUACGUCCACCUCACGCGCAAGAUGGACACGCAUGAUGUGGCUCGAGGGAGGGAGGACUGGACAUUUGUCGACGAAACGGAGCGGGAAUCUGAAGUGGAAGGAAAUGAAGACGACGAAGCUCUGGCGAGGGUGUUGAGUCACUUGUCGUCGAGCAGUGCGACCUCUCACGGACCGCCCCCGCCGCGCGUGCUCAUCGUCUCCAUCCAGUCCGACGGCCUAUUCAUGCCAACAGAGCAGCAGCUGAUGUAUGAUCUCAUCAAAGGAAGCGAGCUGGUCACGAUCGAGUCUCCGGAGGGUCACGACGCAUUCUUGAUAGAGAGGUACAUGCUCAGCUAUCACGUAGGUACAUUCCUCGCCAACGUGUUGUCCAAUGACGACUUGGGACCGAACUUGUAUGCGGGCGCAGGUGUCGGCGAGAUGGAGUGGAGCAAGUGGAACGGGGAUGCUGGGUACGAGGGCGGGGAUGAUAAGGUGCAGGUCAAGGAGAGCGUAUAUGGAGAGGUCGAAGACGUGACGCGUUGGUAGCCAGCGGCAGGGACGAGCUCGGACGUCAUUGACGAAGGAAGACCGUGUACAACGCUCGGUACAGCCCCCCAAUAUAAUCGUUUGGAGCGGGUCCCAAGCAUCGCUCUCGGAAAAAUUUGGGAAUUUCUGAUCGACGCCACUCUGGC